AUGGCUCCAUCCAGAUCGAGCCGGGUGCGGCCAUCAGAGGUGGCCGCCGAUACCAAGAGAAAUUUCAUCCCACUCGUCAAGAAAAACUACGGGGAAAUGUUCCCUCCCUACUCGUACCUCUACCGCCAGCCCAUCUUACAGCUUGCCAUUCAGCGGCAGAAGCCCACCACCCACCCGCCACACUUCCUGAUCGAGGUGGGUGACCCGGUCAUGAAAGCAUUGACCUAUGCCGGGGGGGAUACCCAAACGAGCGAGGCCGUUGGCGGUCCACGGGUCCGGAUUCCCUUCAUCUGCGCCGCAAACGAGAGGCGGCCCGGCGGAGACUGGGAGACGGGGUGCGUGGGAUAUGAGGAGAAGCUCUGUCGACGGAGCAACCUCUCAGCAACCCUCAGCAGCCCGUGGCCCAACUCUCAAGAAACGAGCAAUUACCCAAUUCCUUCGCAGGGCGGAAUCCUAUCCGAUUCCGUCGUCGUCUGCCGAGGGCCCCACGACCGCUACGAUAGGUUGGAUAGCUGGUUCGACCUGCCAGUCGUCUCAGUCCCGCCAACGCGCUGGCCUAAGCUCAAGGACAACGGCACCAAGUAUUCCUUUGCGGAGGAGCGCGAUAUGACGCGAGAUAAGCUACGCGGCGCCCUCCGCAUCUGCCUGUACAAUGGAUACGACCGAGUCAUCAUCGGCGACUUUGGCCUGGGCAAUGGCUAUCGGAACCCGCCCCAGGAGCUGGCCGAGCUCUGGCGCGACGUCUUCCUGUUCGACCCAGACCUGCGCGGCCAAUUCGCCUACGUCGUCUUCGUGUUCGAAGACCCUCUCCAGAGCACGACCCGACAUAUCCUGGACGAAAUCGCCAAGAAAGAGCACGGCUCCAAGGGGAAAUCCCGGGCGGGAUCAUCGAGCUCGUCAGGGUCAUCCCGAAGCCACAGCUCCGCCCCGACUGACCGACACAUCUUCGAGCAUGUUUUCAACUCCGCCGAGGUUGACCGAGUUUUGAGACAGCCCGACCCGCGGUACGGACUCGGCAUGAUUACAACGUGA